GCUCUCCGGACAGCUAAACCUCGCGUCACCGUGUGACGUGAAGGACCUCCUCCUUCGACACACAGCAGCAGUAAUGGCGGACUUCGACAACUACGACGAGCGGGACCGGGCCUACUGCAGCUUCGGGGGCGGCAGAGGGCCCCGUGGAGGCGGCGGCGGCUCCGGCGGCUCCAGGAAGCAGAAGGAGCUCCCCACGGAGCCUCCGUUCACGGCGUACGUGGGAAACCUGCCCUUCAACACGGUGCAAGGUGACAUCGACAUCAUCUUCAAAGAGCUCAACAUGCGCAGCGUUCGAUUGGUCAGAGAUAAAGAGACGGACAAGUUCAAAGGGUUCUGUUACGUGGAGUUUGAAGAUGUGGAAUCUCUAAAAGAAGCUCUGACCUACGACGGAGCUCUGCUAGAUCAGAGGUCACUGAGGGUUGAUAUCGCAGAGGGCCGAAAGCAAGAGCGAGGAGGAGGAGGAGGAGGAGGAUUUGGCUUCAGGAAAGACGACGCCAGAGGUAUGAACGCCGAAGACCAGACAGGAAGCCGAGGAGGUUCUAGAGGUGCUCCCAGAGGAGGACGGGAUUCCCAUGAGGACUUCGAGCAGCAAGGAGGAGGUUUCAGAGAUGACGACUUCAUGGGGUCACGGGGUCGAGGCGGCGCCGGCAGUCGACCUGGAGACAGAAGGGGCGGAGCUGGAGGACCAGGAGGACCUGGAGGUGGAGGCCCGGCUCGCUUCCGAGAGGGGCCCCCCCGCGGAACAACACCGGACUUCAGGGAACCGUCUGAUGAGGAGCGAGCGCAGAGGCCUCGGCUGCAGCUGAAGCCUCGGACCGUCUCGGAGCCGCUGAACCAGGUCGCCAACCCAAACUCUGCCAUCUUUGGUGGAGCCAAACCGCGAGAGGAGGCGGCUCCCCCAGAACAACCGUGAGAGGCUGAGGAGGGGAGGAGAGCACAGAUUGAUCUCACCCCCGGGUGGCGCUCUCCUCCCAGUGUCACCAGCAGGACAGAAGAAACUAAAGGUCUUCGUGCUGUUUUGUUUGAUCCGUGUGCAUCUAGUCGACGCCGACUGCUACCAAUAAAGUUUUUUUUUGUAAAGAUUGAAGUUUUGAAUGAACCGCAGAAGUCCAAAUUAUUGUCACUGUCGAUACGAUCAAUGAAGUUUUAUUUUUAGUUAAAGCUGUCAUUUCCUGCGUUUCAUCCGUACCUCCUGUAUGUUGAACCUGGUCCAGAUGUGAGCGGGUCGGGUUGUGACCCGCGGCGCUUUGUGCUCUGUACUAUAGACUACAACGGGCUGUUUUAACUUUACUUUGUUUUCCUACACUGUUUAUGGCAAUAAAACUCUCAUCGUCAUCA